AUGGCCAUGGCCUCCACUGCUGGUGGGCUGACGCCCAGCCACUCGGCUCACUCUGGCUUCAAUGCCUGGGAUCGACCUGCCACCAGCGAGAGCGCCAACCCCAGCAACCCCUUCGGCAACCAGGCCGAGCGCGUGCCAACGCCCAUUGCCGAGGAGCCUCUGACACCAGCCGCCGAUAAGCCACUCCCACCUGGCCCUGUCGCUGUACCUCCCGGUGAUGCUUGGUCGGCUCACGCGCCUGCGGCUGCAGCUGCCGGCGCCGGAGUUGCUGCGGGAGCCCUCGGGGCGGGCCUCGCACGCAAGGCUUCUACGCGCAAGGGCACCCCGAAGGAUCUUGAUCUCACUCUACCCGCGCCUCUGUCUGUCGUUCCUCCCAGCCCUGCCGGUACUGAAUUCAGCAUGAACUCCGAAAGCCCUGAUCAGCCAAACCCUACAGGGUCCACCGGUGCUGCCGCUAUUGCCGCUGCUGGUGGACCUACCAACUCGACUGUUCACCGCGUGCAGCUGGAUUUCAAGCCAACCCUGGAAGACGAAAUGGGCCUGAGGGCCGGCGAAGUUGUUCGCCUUCUUCACGAAUAUGACGAUGGCUGGGUGCGUUGUCAACCUCCGUGA